UGUGUGAUCGGCUAAACGCUGCAAAUGAGUCAAUAAUUAGCGUCUGUGGCGCCGUAGCAGGGCGCAAUUGCAAAGAUUUGCAGCCUGAUUUUACCGCAAAUUAGUGAAUUUAGGCUAACCAGGCUACCAUUAUCUGUGUGUCUGUGGUUAUUAUGGAGGGACUGUUCAAGAAAAUUAUCAGCAUGUUAAAAGUCUGUCCCAGCACUCUAUUAACGCACAUUAAAGUGUUGAAUUUGGGUUAUAUUACAACCUCCUGCGGCUGCCCUCCAUGUCCAUCGGUCUUCCUUUGUAAUACAAAUGUUUUAAGCCCAUUCAUUCUCUGCUCUCCCAGCUGUCGCCAUGUGGAUAACAAAGAUAGACAUCUGAACAAGUGCGUUUGAGAAGCUAAGAGGCUGAGAGCCAUGCAGAAUCCAACCCAGAUGAACAGCGGGCCAAAUCCUGUGACCACAGCAACCACGGAGCAACCACUGGACAGCGAGACUGAUGGGGCUCAGCCAGCACUAAGUGAACCAGAUGCACAAAAAGAUGGGUGUAAAUCAACUGCUCUUGUUGAGAAUCAAACAGUCAUCACAUCACAUGGGAAUGAACAAACAUCAGAUACACCUGCAAGUGUGGCAGUCACACAAACAGCAGUGAAUAAGUCUGCUGUUCAGUCACUGGCUAAGCCCUCUGGCAACACCAGAGAGAUGGAGACGGACUCAGGUUCAAAGCCAAAUGCCCCCACAGAACCAGCAUCUGAUACAAAUACAAAUCCUGGAUGUGAGGUGCAAGAGGCAAAGAAACAGGAUAAAGUUGUUCGUGAUGGUAGGAAAUAUGUUCCAUCCAAGAAGGCCAUGAUAGAUCCUCUGAAGAUGGACAUGUCAAAGCCGCUGGUUAUUCCGCUUACAUCGUCUCAGCUCUCCCUGCAGUGCAUCGAGUGCCACAUAAUCUUCAGUGAUCACAAGAGCAAAGAGCGUCACCUGAAGUUGAGCCACCCAGCAGAAUAUGAGCAAUGCAUACUGAGGAAUGCGCUCUUUGCCUGCUACGUUUGCGACCGCCACUUCACAAACUCCACCGAGCUCAUGGCCCAUCAGAAAGCCCACACAGAGAAGAAACCCUUCAAGUGUCCAAUCUGUAGCCAGGCCUUCAACAAGUCGUCAGGGCUCACCCUCCAUAAAAAAAUUCAUUUUGGCCAGGAUGGUUAUGCCUGCACGGACUGUGGCAAACCAUGCAAAACCUUGACAUUGCUGAAGUACCAUCGGCGCACACACACUGGAGAGAGACCGUAUGUUUGCAAGGAGUGUGGGAAGAGGUUUAGCAUGUCCAAAGCGUUGCAGAAACAUAUGGUGUCACAUUUGCCAGAGGGAGCUGAAGGAGAUCGGGGCAACACCACAGGCAAAGCGCAGCUGAAGAAAAAUGAUGGUGCUUCUACAAUCAAGUACCCCUGUCCUGUAUGCAAGGCCACUUUCAAGACUACCAAAACACGGCUACAUCACAUGAAAACCAAGCACAAUUUGUCACCUGCAGAAUCCAGUAAGACCCUUCCAGCUGGGCAGCAAGUGAAACUAAGUACUCCAAUCAUAACUCCCAUAUCUAUUUGCCAACCAGCAUUACUACAGGUGGAGCCCAAUGGACCUCUCCAAAAGGUUGAUGCUGAUAUCGACACAGAGCAGAUUCGCAGACUUAUUGAAUCUUUGGGAAAUGUGCAGAAAGUGAACCAGGUUGUCAUAUUGGGGCAGGUGCCACCUCAUGCCCCACCACUGGAAGUGCAGCAGAUAUCAGAACUUUCAGAACCAGUAACUCUGAAUCCACCCCAGAUAGAUUUCACAGGACUGAAACAGACAGGACCAAAGACUAUAGAACUGGAUUUUUCAAACAACUCGUGUGAUCCAAUGGAACAAACAAUUAUACUUGAGCCUAUUACGCCAGAUGGACAGUUGGAAAACCCCUCGUUAGGUUCCCACAUAGCAGCAGUGGAAAAUAUUGAGCUAACGCUUGUUCAGAGUGAACAAACAGAGAGACCUGAGGGAGAGAUGGUGCAUCAGAUUCUUCAACAGCCUGAGAUUAAUGCAAUUCAGGCUGUUCCCAUGGAUCAAAUGGUUUGUCAUAAUGAGGGAGAUGAGCUCAAACAAAACCUUGAGCAAACUGUCAUAUUAGAACUUACCCCCACCUUGAUACCAACUGUGGAGCUGGAACAAUCCCAAAAUGUGCAACCAAAUGAAAUCCCAUCCACCUUAUUGGUACCAACUACUGAGCUGGAGAAGACUCCUGAUCAAACUGUAGAAGGCAAGCAGGAGACCAACUUGUCAGUCCCAACAUUCAUGCCUACAGUUGAGCUGGAAAUGACACCUUUACAAACAGAACAACAGGAGCUUCCUGCUUGCCCUUUUGUUCCAUCAGACACACUUACACAAACUCCAAAUGAAUCUGAAACUAAUCCCAAAGAAGGGGCAGAUUCACAGAUGCAAACGGUAAGUCUAGAUCAGGCCCACUCAGUGACAGAUAGUGCCACACCACGAGAGCCACCUGAGAAGACUGCACAAGAACCAUCUGAGGAACUGCUGGUAGAAUGCAAGGAGGGUCAGCAACAGGUGGAGAACUUGUCUGAAGUAGAGGACACUUUUGCUAAAGAGAUGGUCUCAUCACAAUUAGAGACCAAGGAGGUGCCACAGAUCUCAGAGUUACCAGUAAAUGUAAUGUCAGCCCAAGAACUGGUGAAAGUACGGAAAAGAAAGCCAGCCAAAGCAUUUAUCUUUCAAGGGUAUAUGCAAGAACUCAUAGGGUCCAUACAAAAUGAGGAUUUACUAAGUGGUGCCAAACCUGCCAAACGCCAAAGAACAAAAAAAUCUCAUCUUGUUGUUAAAUUUGGUCCACAAAGUAAAGAGAGGAAAAAUAAAAAACAGAAGAAGCAAUCACAGCAAAGCCAGUCAACCCAGGAAGAAGCUAUAAGAGGUAAAACAACAAAUCUCUCAGAGAAAAAGGUGUCCUCUCAGAAGAAGGGAAGAAAAGGGAAAAAAGACAAGAAAGCAGGGCAUUCAGUAUUGACAACUGACAUAAAAUCACCUUCACCUACCCAGGACCCACACAUACCUCAAAUAAAAGAGGAUACAAGAAAAAAUAAAAUGAAAAAGCAAGAAGAUGUGGCUGUGGCCAUGGAGGAUGUUCGGCCCAUAAGUGAGAACAAGGCUGUAGGCUCACCUGUAUUUAAAAAGAAAAAACAAUCAAAAAUAAUGCAAAAAGGUCAGUCCAAUAAUGCAAAGGAUGGGAAGAUGACAAGUAAAGAGCGAAAGAAAAAGGGUGCAAAAAUUUGUACAAAAACAAGCACCACCUCAGCAGACAUACCUGGCCCACAUAUAACACAAGAUUCUCUCCUUCUGCUGAAAGGUCAUAAACAGCCCCAGCUGAAAGUUUACAAGUUAGACCCUUCAAAGGCACCGGGGCAGACACAAGAGGCUUCACUUCAUGAUUCCCAAACGUCAAAUAAUCUCACAACUGAAGGUAAGAAAAAAGGAGGGAGACCCAAAAAGAACCAGAAAGCUCUUUCGUUGCUGUCCUCUCUACAGAUCCAACAUCAACCACCUGAAACUCUGCCCAUCAAGCCAAAGACCACCCGGAAACGGAAAACCUCCUCUAAAGUGGAGACUGAAGGAGUGAUAACGUCCUCUCAUUCCAAGCGUGCCUUAGAGUGUAAGGACUGUGGAGAGAGAUUUAGUGAAGUCUCAUCCCUUCAGAAGCACAAGGCGACGGUGCAUAUCAUAGAGAGUCCUGGUCUCACUUACACCAAUGGGAACAUCUUUGAAGGGGUCUCCAGGUUAGAUCUUAAUCAGCUUCCAAAGCAGCAUGAUAGGGUCAUUGGGGUGAUGACUACUGCUACAGAUUGGGAUACUGAGCCUGAGAUGGGGGAGAUGGCAUUAGAAGACAGAGACCGAAGUGUCUCUUUUCCUGCUUUGAUUCCAUCUCCAUCUUUACCUGUCCCACCUACCGAUGUUGAAGUGAGUGGUUAUGAAGACAAGGGUGGAGACAAAAGUGGAAGAGAUAGUCAGUCUCUUCCCUUUCCAGAUGUUCCCUCACUAUCUGAUCAAAUGAAAAAUAGUCCCAAUUUCUCAUCUGAAUCCCCUUUAAAUACCUCUACCCAGAUGAAGAGUCCUGAGGCAGGAGAGCGUUUGGUGCCAGAUGAGGACAAGAGAGAAGAAGGUACCCUGAAGAAUCCCAGCUCAGAAACUGAAGUCCAGGCUACCACAGAUGAAGACAUCAAGGAGGAUUUACUUCUUGAGGUAGAUUUAAUCACUGUUGGGGAGCAGAAUGAAAGAGAUGAUCUAGCCUCACCUCAAGACAGCGUUUCCCAAAAUGAAUUAAAUGGAACCUGUAAUGCUGACACUGGAAGCACUGAAACACUCAUACGUCCUGAUCAAGUUGAUAAUGAAAAAACUGAAAAAAUUCCAACUUCUCAGACUGUGUCAUGCGCCACUCAGCAAGUAGAGAUCAAGGAAGAGGAGGAAGAGGUGUUAGUCCAGAAGAAAAAAGAAGGAGGCAAAGGAGCUGCAACAAGGAAUGCUUCAAGGGGUAGGAGGAAAGGAACAGGACGUCUAAAGAGGGGUAUGAUAUCAAGGAGAAAUUUGGCUGCAGAUGCUGUCAGAGAAACAGAAUCAGAGAAAGAACAGGAUGAUUGUCUGGUAGUUUUUGAAAAACGUGCCAACGCCUCUGAUUCAGAAAUGAAUGAAGGUGAGACCUGCACACAGACUUCACAGCCAGAGAUCAGUCCUGAAUUUGAUGCCAACAAAAGUACUUCUCCCGCCACAUCUCUGCCUUCCAUGCACUCUACAUUAGAGAAAUCUCCUGAAGAGCAAGUCGUGUUUGAGCUGGAGUCUGUUACCACGAAUGUUGAGGAGGUAAUGAAUGAAAGAGGACUGCUAGGAGGAGAGGAGAGCAACGGGGAGACUGACCAGUCUCCAGGCAUCAUACUUGAGAAGUUCCUCACCUCUAGCCAAAGAGUUACAGCUGAUAAGGAGCAAUGCUUGAUGACAGUGAGUAACAAUCAAAGACAGGGUUUGGACUGCAUUGCAGAGAAUGAGGUACAGGGCUUUGGGAGCCAGGAUAUCAAGGUUGAGGAGAACAUCUCAGAUCUACCUCUGGUUGCACCCACUUGUCAAAAUAGACAAAGUGCAAGUGUGCAGCCACAGCCCCACCAUGACAUAAGGACUGUUCUGGUGAAGGAGGAGAGCAGCCUCAUGCUGAAUGACACUCAGGCCACACAGGGCUGCAGACACAUCCGAUGGAAUGUGGAGCAAAUAAACAUUGAAAACACCGCCAGUCCAUUAAUGGAGAUUGGGGAGACAUGUCGUGUCACCCCUGACUUCAACGCCAACCAGUGUAUCUUCUACCCAGUGAAGGAGGAAGAGAGGGAGGUUCUGCUGGGAGCUGCUCAAACUAACAAUAGAAGUUUAACCACAGAGGCAUCCAUUGAUGCCCAACAGACAGAAGAUCAAACAGCGGAUUGUAAUUUACAUGAAGGGAACCAUGCCGCACAAGACUACCAGGAUACGAGAGUGAGAGGACUAAUGCCAGAAUCAGCUGAUGACUUUGCAGACGGAGAAGCUGAAGCAGACGCUGAGUGGCAGCAUCCACCAGACCUGCAGAGCUUUCUUCUCCACAGUUCUGAUGAGGAGGACGUGGGAAGUUUUGAACUGUCUAAUCCUCACAUUGACUCAGAAGCAGAAGCAAUGGCCUAUUUCUACAAGAACCAAACCAACAGCUCACAACCACCAGAUGAAACAUCACAAAAUUUGCCAACUUCAUCCAGCCAGCUCCAAGCACCAAGACUGGAAAACGAGAUCAAAGAGCCCAUUGAUUACUUUUCCAAGUAUUUUGGUUGGGAUACCUGGAUGGAAAUCGCCCACUGCACAGACAAAAUGUCCCACAUGCCUAACCCUGUCACAGCCAGAGAGGUGGCGCAGUUUGUCGGGAUCCACAUUGCAAUGGGAACUUUGAAGUUUCCCUGUCCCAAGCUUUACUGGGAGGACUUUACUAAGGUGCCCUUGAUUGCUGAAGCCAUGCCACUUUCCCGGUUCCUUGAGCUGUCAGGCGUGUUGAAACUAGCUUCUCCUGCAAAGACUCCAGUCGACAGUAACAUUGGGGAAGAAAGAAAUGAUAGUGACUAUCAAAAUGUACAUCGAGGUAAAACUCUCUCAAGCAGGCAAAGUGAAAUUUCUCAGCAUGGUGACAGGCAGUGCCAAGGGAAUACACCGAAUGUCCCGAACAGUUCAAAAACACAGAUGGAUCCCCUGUGGAAGGUUCAGCCAUUAUUGUGCCGUUUCCUUGAAGGCUGCCAGUCGUUAAGACGAGAGGGUGAUUCUGCAGUUGAUCAGUAUUCACUUCCUUUGACUGGCAAGAUGCACAAUAACAAGCUGUCUCUCUACUGUACUACAUUAAUUGGAUUUGGGGGUUUGCUCUUACAUGUGGAUCUUAAACUGGAUCUCUCAGACAAAGAAGAUGCUGUGGAAAAAAUGGUUCCAAAAGGCAGUAUGGUGUUUCUUUGCAAGCAGGAACUCUCCACCCCUGCGAUGCUCGAACGCCUGUUAGUCGCUGGGAUUCAUGGUGCAGGCAGGGUGGGAGGAGAAAGAGGACAGAUCGGGGAUGAGUUUGUAAGCUCAAAUGGGAAGCUGAUGUUACGCAGAUCACACUGUGGCUUUAUACUUUCUACUGCUGGAAAUGGUCAGAGAAACAUGGCCUCACUCAUUGACAACUUUGAGAAGGCCCAGAUGUCGGCUCGUCUCAACAGAGAUUUGCAAAACCUCUACUCUAUCCCUCUCACUGCCUCAGCUCCAACUUGCUGGCCUCAGGCAGUGCUCUGGUACCUCACAGAUCUGGCUUUGGUCAACUCUUGGCUCCUGUACAGACAGGAUCACAGGGCAGCAUCUGCACCUUUGACGCUCAUGGCCUUCAGAUUGGAGGUGUCCAAGGCUUUGAUCCUCUCCAGCAGCUCAGACACCCAGGACUCAGUUCCCCCUCAACCCCCCACAGAGAAAGCUCAUGCAACAUAUGAAACCCCCAAUCCCAGCCUAUUAGAGGAAAGUCCUCUGCCAGAUGCAGCCACACGGUACGAUGGUUUGGGCCACUGGCCUGAGCAGCUCGGGGAGGGAGAAGGUGGUAGGUGUCGCUUUGGGGACUGUCAGAGAACAUCUCGAGUGCUAUGCCUUAAGUGCUGUGUCUUUCUUUGCAUCUCACGCAACCACAACUGCUUUUUAAAUUUCCAUAAUCAAGGAAGUUUGGGAAAACAAUAACAUUCACAACAGAUUUGACCCCUUAUUGUUAACGUCUUGCUUUCUGAUUCGGAAUGUAACUGUGCUUUUGGUGAUGAAUCUAAAUGUAAACCCAGCUAAUCAAAAAGUAGUAUCAUCUCUGUCCUUACAACUUUUCCAUGAUGCCUUUCACUGGCAGUGUCACACUUUUGUAGGAUAAUUAUGCUGCAGUAUAAAAAAAACAAUUGCAUUGUGAUGUGGCUUGUGAUGUCAUUGAGCAGGUGUAAAAACGAAUUUGCCUUCAGAAGGAAAUGUGAAAAGAGUCAUAGCCAUACACUUUGUGCUGCAAAAAAAAAGUGAAAAUUAUUAUUUUUACAUUGCAGCCACCAUGAUGUUUUUUUAUUUUUUAUUUUAGCCUGACCUAGUUCACAUUCCAUGAGGAGCUUGUUUUUGGCUCUAUGAAUUUAAACAUUAUUUAUUUCAAUUUCAGAAAACAAUAAAAGACAGGUUUAAAAUU